CCUCACACCAAAACAAAAUCUAAUCACAUUAUUUGCUUUCUUCUCUCUUCUCUUCUCUUGCUCGGCUCGCCGCACACACACUCCCGAGAAUGAGUGGACGGAUCGUGUACGACGAGGCGAUGGCUGAGAAGGUGGUGAUGGGGCAGUCGGGGAGCGACGCGCCGCCCCCAAAGGUCGGGGUACCGCCGAGGAAGAACGCAUGGGAGGAGCUGAGAUGUGUGGUGGCAGAGACAUUCUUCCACGACCAACCUCUUAGGCACUUCAAGGACCAGUCCAAAAGAAAGAAGGCAGCGCUGUUUGUGCAAGGGAUGUUCCCCAUAUUCCAAUGGGGAAGAGAGUACAGUCUGGCUAAGUUCAAAGGGGACCUUAUUGCUGGCCUCACCAUUGCCAGCCUCUGUAUUCCUCAGGACAUUGGUUACGCCAAGCUCGCCAGUCUCCCACCCCAAAUCGGACUUUACAGUAGUUUCGUUCCGCCACUGGUGUACGCGGCAAUGGGGAGCUCAAGGGAUAUCGCGAUCGGCCCCGUCGCGGUCGUGUCGCUUUUGCUCGGGACGCUGCUGCAGAAGGAGUUCGACCCGUUGAAACAACCCGAGCAGUACAGGCGCCUGGCUUUCACGGCGACUUUCUUCGCCGGAGUAACCCAGUUGGCUCUAGGGUUUUUCCGGUUGGGGUUCUUGAUCGACUUUCUGUCACAUGCCGCCAUCGUCGGGUUUAUGGGCGGCGCCGCCGUCACCAUCGCCAUUCAGCAGCUGAAGGGUCUCCUCGGCAUAGCAAACUUCACCAAGAAAACUGAUAUUAUUUCUGUGAUGCGCUCGGUUUGGAGUAAUGUGCACCACGGGUGGAACUGGGAGACUAUUCUCAUAGGCGUCUCAUUUUUGGCCUUUCUUCUUGUUACCAAAUACAUUGGAAAGAAAAAUAAGAAACUUUUCUGGAUACCCGCAAUCGCUCCCUUAGUCUCGGUUGUACUCUCUACAUUUUUUGUCUACAUCACUCGUGCAGAUAAACAUGGAGUACAAAUUGUGAGAAACAUAAAAAAGGGAAUAAAUCCAUCAUCCCUUGAUGAGAUAUUCUUCCAUGGAGACUAUGUUGCCAAAGGUUUCAAGAUUGGAGUUGUUGCUGGUUUGAUUGCCCUAACGGAAGCUGUGGCCAUUGCAAGAACAUUUGCAGACCUAAAGGACUAUCAGAUCGAUGGUAACAAAGAAAUGAUGGCUCUUGGAACCAUGAACAUUGCUGGCUCCAUGACUUCUUGCUAUGUAGCCACAGGAUCGUUCUCCCGGUCAGCGGUGAACUACAUGGCCGGCUGCAAAACACCGGUGUCGAACAUAGUCAUGGCCUGCGUCGUUCUCCUAACCUUAGAGCUCAUCACACCGCUUUUCAAAUACACCCCUAAUGCCAUCCUGGCCUCAGUCAUCAUCUGCGCUGUCAUUGGCCUCAUCGACAUCGAUGCCGCUAUUUUGCUAUGGAAGAUUGACAAGUUCGACUUCAUCGCCUGCAUGGGAGCUUUCUUUGGCGUCAUCUUUGAUUCCGUUGAGAUUGGCCUUCUCAUUGCGGUUAGUCUAUCGUUGUUCAAAAUCCUGUUGCAAGUGACGAGACCGCGCAUUGCAUUGCUCGGGAAGCUCCCGAAGAUCGCCAUUUUUAGAAACAUUUUGCAGUACCCAGGAGCAAAUAGGGUUGCUGGAGUUCUGAUGGUUAGGGUUGAUUCUGCAAUAUACUUCUCCAAUGCCAACUAUGUUAAAGAAAGGAUACUGAGAUGGCUGGCAGACGAAACAGAAAAGCUAGGAGACCAAUCUUUGCCGAUCAAAGUUGUGGUCGUCGACAUGUCUCCGGUCUCCGAUAUCGACACGAGCGGCAUCCACGCCUUGGAAGGAUUGCACACCCAUCUACAAAAGAAGGAACUUGAGCUUGCCCUUGCAAAUCCAGGUCCAGUGAUCAUGGAGAAGCUCUUAGCUGCAAACUUCGACGAGCUCAUUGGACCAAACAACAUUUUCCUUAGUGUCAACGAAGCUGUCAAGACUUAUGCCCCAAAUGCUGCUCUUGAUCCUUAAAAACUACCAACGUUUAUUGCACCAAUUAUCUUCACUGUCUUGAUGUUGCUCGCUCUUGUAGUGUACAGUUUAUCAGCUAUAUACAGACAUUUUAUUGUCCUUUGUUUCAAUGUGUGUACAUUUCUUUUUGGUUUCAUACUUGAGGGUUUUAAAAACUGUUGUGUACAAACGCUCAUUUUUUUGUUUGCUUUGUUUCUAUAAUGAAAGUUUAAAUCUUAUUCUUACCU